CUCUUUGAAAAAAAAAAAAAAAAAAGGAAAUAUUUCAACAACCCACAAAACAAACAAACAUUAAAGGAUCAGUCUAGGAGGUCCAGUUUCUAAAUAGGAGUCAUAGAAAGAGAAAAAUGGCAACACAGAGGGAAGGAAAUAAUUGAGGAACUAAUUCAAGAACAUUUAUUGGAACUUGAGGACAUUAGUUUUCAUAUUGAAAGGGCCCAUCAAAUACUCAGCACAAUGGAUGAAAGUGACCCACCCAAAGCACAGUCAUCCUGAGAUUUCAGAACACUGGAAACAGAGAAGAUCCUAUGAGUUUUCAGAGAGAAAAAAAAAAGUCACAUACAAAAAGUCAGAAUUGCCUCUCAACAACACCAGCAGCUAGCAGGCAGUGGAGGAAUGCCUUCAACAUUCUGCAGGAAAAUACAUUCCAAGCUUUCCUGCAGAUUCUCUAUUCAGUCGAAUUAUAAAUCCAAGGAUGAGGGUAGAAUAAAGAUAUCUACAGGCUGCAAGGUCUCAAAAACAUGUACCUUCCAUGCACCCUUUCUCAGGAAGGUACUGGAAGAUGUGUUCCACCAAAAUAAGGGAGUAAUCAAAAAAUAUGAAAAUGCGAUAUAGGAUACAGGAGCACCAGUGGAGGAGAGACGUGAAAGGGGUACCCAGGAUGGUGAUGAAGAAAGAUCCCAGGAUGACAGCAGUGCACACCAGUUAAACCAGCCCAGAUUUGAGCAGAGACCCCAGAAUCCAACAAUAGCGUGUAUACUUCCUUCAUGAAGUCUCAUCGCUGCUAUGACCUGAUUCCCACAAGCUCCAAAUUGGUUGUAUUUGAUACGUCCCUGCAGGUGAAGAAAGCUUUUUUUGCUUUGGUGACUAACGGUGUACGAGCUGCCCCUUUAUGGGAUAGUAAGAAGCAAAGUUUUGUGGGCAUGCUGACCAUCACUGAUUUCAUCAAUAUCCUGCACCGCUACUAUAAAUCAGCCUUGGUACAGAUCUAUGAGCUAGAAGAACACAAGAUAGAAACUUGGAGAGAGGUGUACCUCCAGGAUUCCUUUAAACCGCUUGUCUGCAUUUCUCCUAAUGCCAGCUUGUUUGAUGCUGUCUCUUCAUUAAUUCGGAACAAGAUCCACAGGCUGCCAGUUAUUGACCCAGAAUCAGGCAAUACUUUGUAUAUCCUCACCCACAAGCGCAUUCUGAAGUUCCUCAAAUUGUUUAUCACUGAGUUCCCCAAGCCAGAGUUCAUGUCCAAGUCUCUGGAAGAGCUACAGAUUGGCACCUAUGCCAAUAUUGCUAUGGUUCGCACUACCACCCCCGUCUAUGUGGCUCUGGGGAUUUUUGUACAGCAUCGAGUCUCAGCCUUGCCAGUGGUGGACGAGAAGGGGCGUGUGGUGGACAUCUACUCCAAGUUUGAUGUUAUCAAUCUGGCAGCAGAAAAGACUUACAACAACCUAGAUGUAUCUGUGACUAAAGCCCUGCAACAUCGAUCACAUUACUUUGAGGGUGUUCUCAAGUGCUACCUGCAUGAGACUCUGGAGACCAUCAUCAACAGGCUAGUGGAAGCAGAGGUUCACCGACUUGUAGUGGUGGAUGAAAAUGAUGUGGUCAAGGGAAUUGUAUCACUGUCUGACAUCCUGCAGGCCCUGGUGCUCACAGGUGGAGAGAAGCAGCCCUGAGCUGGGGGAAGGGGUCAGGCAGCACCAGGGGAUAUGCCCAACUCACUGCCUGCUGGAAGCUCUGUGGGAAUCAGAUGAAACUUGGGGGAAUUGUGACUCUGUUCCCUGCUCAGGGCCCCCUGCCCUUCUAUCUGGGAGCUAGGGAAGGUAUAGGGGGAGGAAGGAGAAUGGAUUUAUAGCUACCCUUACCCUCACACAUACACUUGAAAAAAACUUUCAGCCUAGCCAAUUCUAGCCCCUGUCUUCUUAGACAUAGCCCCCUUUCUGGGUGAACUAUAGGCUCUGUGCCUCUCAGACAAAUUCUGAUCUCUAAGAGAUCCCCAGACCUCACUUGCCUCUGCCACCAUCUCAGCCCUGAUUCAACCCUAAGAUAACAGCACAACAAAAUUCUUCAUAAAGAUAUUUUUAUUCACCUGUUCCAUGCUACAUGGAGGAGGCUAAGUCCAUUUAAUGACAUUUCUUCCCAUAAUGUGAGUGGGGAGGAUUGUGGGGAGGAGGGGCUUUGGGUUCCUGUGUUUGUGCAUAUGAAGGGAGAUGGGGGUUAGGUGGAGGAGGAGGGCAGCGUGAUUAGCUAAGGUUAUUGCUUUUUGUGGCAAAUCUAAUUAAAUGACAGCUAUCUCUUCA